AUGCCAGUCAACAAAAGCACUCACGAAGGCUACAAGGUAGUCCUAGUAGUAUACUACGACAGACAGAGAGAGGACCGCGGAGCGUCGGCGAUUCGAGCUGCCCGGGCGGGAAGGAAGGAAGGAGCGAGGCAACGCCGGCCGGCGGCGACCACCAUUGAUGCGGUGCGGGAGGUUCUGAGGCCUGUCUCAAACAAUGCUUCAGCACAUCAUGGUCAAUCACCCAAAGUCUCUUCGAGGGUUAGGCAUGACGAGACCCAAGAAAUUGGAGUACCAAAAUUGUCGAAUGAGAAGCUAGCAUCACGAGUUAAUUUAAAUGAUUUUUCUCCACAACAUGGUCAGUCACUAGAAUCAUACCUAUCAUCAAAUGGAGAUGAAGAGACCAAGGAGACCAUGAAGAGUUUGAAUGAAAAACUUGCUGCUGCCCUUUUGGCUAUUAGUGAUAAAGAGGAUCUGGUUAAGCAGCAUACUAAAGUCACAGAAGAGGCUGUUGCAGGUUGGGAACAAGCUGAAGUUGAAGCUACUGCCAUCAAGAAGCUGCUUGAAGCUGCUUCCCAUAGAAAUGACUAUCUCGAGGGUCAAGUCAGCCACCUAGACAAGGCCCUCAAGGAAUGCGUGAGGCAGCUGCGCCUGGUAAGGGAAGAACAAGAGGAGAUAAUACGUGAUGCACUUACCAAGAAGUCCCAGGAGUUGGAGUCUGAGAACUCCAAGCUGCAAAACCAUAUUGCUGAGCUGAAGAAGCAGCUGGCAGCAACCAAAUCAGAAGCAUCCACCGUGUCUGCACAGCCUGAUCUACAAGAGAAGCUUCAGACAAUCGAGAAAGAGAACUUGGAUCUCAAGGCCAAGCUCCUUGUACAGUCCAAGGAUCUGAAGAUACUCUCACUGGAAAAAGACUUGAGCAAUCAAGCAGCAGAGACAGCCAGCAAGCAGCACCUGGAAAGUAUAAAAAAGAUUGCUAGGGUUGAGGCAGAAUGCCGCAGGUUACAUUAUCUAGCUCAGAAAACAGCAUUGGUCAAUGAUUCUAGACCUCCGCCAAGCGCAGAAUCACUAACUGACAGCCACUCUGACAGUGCAGAAUGUAUGGUUGCUGUUGAUAGUGAAUUGAGAAAUUCUGACUCGUGGGCAUCUGCUCUGAUUACAGAGCUUGAUCAGUUCAGGAAUGCGAAGGCUAGUGCAACAAAUAUUGUGAAUAGUCCUGUUGAGAUCGACCUAAUGGAUGAUUUCCUUGAGAUGGAAAGGUUGGCUGCAUUGCCUGAAUCAGACCAGACAAGCUCUACCUUUGAUAUGGAGACAGAUUCCGACAAGGCUGUGACGAGAAACAGCUCUUCUAAAAUUGAAAAUGAAGAAUUGUGGCGUCAUGUUGCAGAUUUGCAUUCGAGGGUUGAAGUGGUUGAAAGCUAUAAGAAGGAGCUUGAGAUAGCUCUGAUAGAGGCUAGAAAUCAGCUUGACAUCUCCUGUGACGCACUAGUGGCGGCAAGGAACAGGCUGGUUGAAAUGCAAAUGCAAUUGGAUUUGGCAAAUGACUCUAAAUAUGCUGCUCUGGGAGAUGUGGACCGAUUGGACUCGGAGAAAAAGGCUUUGGAGUUUCAACUGGAGUCCAAAUCUGUAGAAGCUGAGGAGCUACAUGCGAUUGUUGCUUCAUUGGGAGAAAAUGCAGAAAAGAAGGAAUUUGAGUCACAGUUAGAACUGGUGUCAGCCGAAGCCGCAGAGCUUCGGGUGACUGUGGCAUCAUUGGAAGAGAGGAUUGAAACCGAGACUGCUCUUUCUGUGCAGCACAAAGAAAAAUCAGAUGCUGCAUGCAAUGCUAAAGAAUUGUUGGAGAGACAGCUGUAUUCUGCAAACGCGGAAGUGCAAAAACUGCAUGGCAUCAUUAAAUCACUAGAGAAUCAGGUAGAAGAAGAGAAGGCACUGCACGACGAACUCAUGACACAAUCAUUGCUGAAGAUUGAAGCAGCUGUUGAGGCUGUUAAAGAACCAUUGGAGGCACAGCUUUGUUCCGCAAACACCGAAGUAGAGAAACUGCGUGGCAUUAUCGAAGCAUUAGAGAGUGAGAUAGAAAAGGAGAGGACAGUGCAUGAAGAACUGACAUCACAGCUAGACAUGAAGAUUGAAGCAGAGAGAACUCAUUCUGAAGCUGUUAAGGAAUCAUUGGAGGGACAGCUAUGUUCAGCAAAUAGUGAGGUAGCGAAACUGCGUGAUGUCAUUAAAGCGCUAGAAAAUGAGGUAAUUGAAAAAGAGAAGGCAUUGCAUGAAAAAUUGGCAGAAGCAGAGAAAUCUCUUUCUGUGGAGUCUGUUAAAGAAUCAUUGGAGGCAGAACUCCAGUUAGUCAACUCUGAAGUUGUGAAACUGCGUGAUAUGGUGACAGCGCUUGAGCAUGAAGUGGUAAAGGAAAAGGAGUUCUCUGACGAGCUCCAGCUGCAGCUAGAAGCUCUAGAGGCCAUAAAAAGGGUGUUGGAGUCAGAGGUUGAGUCUGCACAUCAGGAUGCCUGGAAGCUUAAGGAGAAGGUUGAAUUGUUUGAAGCAAAACUGCAGGAACAGAUGUUGUCAGCAGCGGAGUUCACUGCCAAGGAAGAGUCUGUGCAGUCACAAAGAACGGCAAUAGAGCAUCAACUUGAAGCAUCAAAGGCCGAUGUUGUGAAACUGACGAACAUGGUGAGCUUCCUCCAAGGGGAGGUUGUGCAGGAAAGGUUGCUGUCAGAAGAUUAUGAACAGAAAUGCCGAAAGCUGGAGGCUCAGUUGUCAAGGGAUAUUCGGGACGCGAAGCUCUGGAGGCUUGCAAACUCAAAUGGAGACCUAAAGACCAAGCAGGAGAAGGAGCUUGCUAAUGCAGCUGGGAAGCUUGCAGAGUGCCAGAAGACCAUUGCUUCACUGGGACGCCAAUUGAAAUCACUGACAGAGAUCGAUAACGUGGUGCUGGAGCCUGGACUAGGACUACUGCUGGAACCCAGGGACAUAGCACUAGACUUGAGAGCCAGUGAUCCUGGCCUCCUUCAGAAAAGAAGCACUGGUUCGAACUUUGCAGUCUUCGCUGAUGAGUUAUACGAUCUUGACCUUCCGGAUGGCGAUGUGGGCUGCUUUUCGCCACUCCCAUCGAUGAUUCGACCGUCAUCACCCCCUCCCUCGGAAAUGUCGGUGUUUGCAGGGGGGCUGUCGUCGCUUAGUAGCUACAGGGGCAAGAGAAGAAAGUAA